AUGGAACGGCUAGAUAUGUGCCACGCCGUGAUGGUGAAGACGAUCGGGAACAAGCUGUUCUUGGCGCCUAUCGACGAAGCCAAGACCCAGCGUAUUCUGGACGUUGGUACAGGAACAGGCAUCUGGGCUAUGGAAAUGGGCGAUCUGUUUCCGAACGCACAGAUUUUUGGAAAUGACCUCAGCGCCAUCCAACCAGACUGGGUUCCGCCCAACGUCAAAUUCGAGAUUGAUGACGUGGAGAGCCCAUGGGUGAACGACCAAAAAUAUGACUUCAUCUUCAGCCGCUACAUGAACGGAUCCUUGGCUGAUUGGCCAACCUUCAUUAAGCGUGUUUAUGUAAACCUGAACCCUGGCGGCUGGGCCGAGUUCCAGGACUUCAACUUCAUGCUUUGCUCGGACGACGGAUCCGCCGAAGGUAGCGAGACUCUGCGCUGGAGUCUUUUGUUCCACGAGGCCUCCAGGGUGUAUGGCCGGGAGAGCCAAGUCGGCCCAAAGCUUGAGGGAUUGGUGCGGGAAAACACAGGCUUGGUUAACAUUUACCACAAGCCCUACAAGAUUCCCAUCGGUCCCUGGCCAAAGGACCCUCAUCUGAAGGACCUUGGUAUGUGCAAUCUGAUUCAGUUGUUGGAUGGCUUGGAAGGGUUUUCCUUGAGGCUCCUUUGUGGAGCUCUUGGCUGGACGAAAGAAGAGGUCUUGGUCUUGCUGGCUGGAGUGCGCAAGGAAAUGAAGAGUGGUAAGCUUCACGGUUAUUUGAGGUUCGAUGUAGUCUACGGCCAGAAGCCGGAAAAAAACAAGGAGGAGCAAACACUUGUUGGACAGACCUUGACUUAG